GAUCCGGGUGAGCAUAUAGAAUCUUUCUCAUAGACGCGCUGCUUUUUAGUAAACGAGGCGUCUUAUGUAAGAAAGUCAGAAGAGGCAAAAUAUAGAGACUGUGCAACGGACAAGUCGUUAUUUCCUUAAAAGAAUGAAGAAGAGCAAAUUAUUAAUACUCUCAUUUUGGUUGCUUUUCACAUCUUUAUUUGUAUCACCCUCAUUUGGAAGGACAACGGAAGAAAGCGAUAGAGCAGAUGACGACUUCGUUUUCCUUCGACCUCAAUCCCAGGACUAUGGUUCGCCCGAGCCCCACCCUGAUCGUCUUCGGGUCAGUCUGAACGGCAGCUUGGUUUUAGACUUAAAGAAAACCCACGUCACCAACAUGAACGCGCCGGUGUACGUUGUGGAGAACGGGAAGAUUCACAAGCUCGAGUUACCCCAUGUUGAGGAUACUCAAUUUUACCAAGAUGGUAAAUAUUUGGCGGCUAUGUCUGUCACCAAGAGAUCAGCAGCGGAUGGCGGAUUUGAAAGGAUUUUGGAAGGACACUUUACCAUAGACGGCUCUGAGUUUGUGAUUGGACCAGCCACCGAGGAGCAGGUCCGCAGAAAGAGAAGAAAUGCAGACGACACUGAAGACAGCGGAACGUGGCACGUCAUGCACAUGCUGAAAUCCAUCGACCCUUACGCCUUUCAGAAUGAUGCGAUCUUUGAAAGGAAUUUAGCAAACCAACAACCCCUUUUCGAUUCCAAAGCUGUUACCAGACACAAACGAGCAACGCAAAACCUCGGCAUCGAAUUGCUGGAGGUUAUUGACUAUGCAAUCUAUUCACGGUACUACACGACCAGCACUGGUAGUACCGAACAAGAGAAGGCACAGAAAGCCAUUGAAGACAUUCGCUAUUAUUUUGCUCAUAUAGCAAACGGGAUUGAUAUUCGAUACGGAAAUAUAGACGACUCUGAGUUUUCGAUUUAUGUCAGACUCGUUGGAUACGUCAUACUGAAGGAUGCAACGUCGGCAUCUUUCAUAGAGACAAUAAAAGACAGCCAACUGAACUCUCUAGAUGGUUUGAACGCUUUUACGACAUGGCUUAAUGCGAGAGAGAGCGCGAAUGAAGUACCCAACCACGACCACGGGAUGUUGUUUACCGGAUACGAACUUUGGCGCAACUACAGGUCUGACGGCACCCGAAACACAGCGGUGGCCGGUACUGCACAUUUAAACGGCAUCUGUGGGUCUAAUAAACAUUCCAUAAAUGAGGAUUUUGGAGGGUUUAAAAGCAUUACAGUGUGUGCUCACGAGUUAGGACACAAUCUUGGCGCAUGGCAUGACGGGACAAUAGACGGUACGGGUGACUCCUGUCCUGCUUCAGAUCAGUUUAUUAUGGCGCCAUCUGUCGGUGCAACAUCAGCCCUCACCCACCUAAACCCUUACUACUUCUCCAGUUGUUCCAUUGAAUACUUCAGAAGACGUAUCAAUUAUCUGAACAGCAACAACAUAAACUGUCUUCUCAACGCGGCAGUUCAUUUCAACGACAGUGAGUGGGAUGCGUACAUGAACCUGCCACCGGGACAAAGGUAUCCCCCACACGAGCAGUGCAGGCAGAUAUACGGCCCGCUUUCCUAUUACUGUGGGGGCGCGACAGCCGACGCAAACAUCUGUGUGCGGAUGUUUUGUUAUAACCCAAACGAGGCAUCGUGUAGCCAGCCUUCGGGACUGAGAGCGGCACGGGGCACACAGUGUGGUGACAAUAAGUGGUGUAUUGAAGGUGUGUGCACGUAUAACAGCAGCUCCCCUAGCGGUAGAGACAACUGCACACAUGGGGACAGUUUAAGCCAGGUGUACAGUAACAGUCAGGCGACCUGCCAAACUUACAGGUCAAACAAUGAUACAAGGGGAUGUUACACAGACUACUUCAGAAAUCUUUGUUGCCUAUUGUGCCUAGAAGCAUACGAUCCCACAUGGAUUGGAUGCGAAUACGGGGACCACUUUUCAUAUUGUGCUACGAUCACCGACCCAUCAACUCAGUGUAGAGGGACUUUCUCUGACGGGACCACAGUACAAGAGAGAUGCUGUGCAACAUGUGGAGAAAGACCUACAACUGUGACCGCAACAACAAGAGUGGUAACAACGGUGACUGAGCCUACAACAACUUCAGUGACGGAAUCCACAACAGCUCCUGAAUCCCCAACAACAACAGAAACAACAACUGAAUCAGUGACAACAAAUGGACCGGCAACAACUUUAGUGACUGAAUCCACAACAGUAGCUGAACCCACAACAACAACAGAAACAACAUUAAUGUCAACAACUGAAUCUGUGAGAACAGAUGAACCUGCAACAACUUCAGUGACCCAAUCCACAACAGAAACUGAACCCACAACAACAACAAUAACAAAAACAACAACAAUGUCAACAACUGAAUCAGUGACAACAAAUGAACCUGCAACGACUUCAGUGACUGAAUCCACAACAGUAGCUGAACCCACAACAACAAUGUCAACAACUGAAUCAGUGACAACAAAUGAACCUGCAACGACUUCAGUGGCUGAAUCCACAACAGAAGAUAAACCUACAACAACAACAGCAACAACUGAGUCAGUGACAACUAAUGAACCUGCAACGACUUCAGUGACCGAACCCACAACAGUAGCUGAACCCACAACAACAACAGAAAUACCACCAACUUCAACACCUGAAUUGGUGACAAAAAAUGAACCCACAACAACUUCCGUUGUUGAAUCCACAACAGUAACUGAACCGACAACAACAACAGAAACAACAACAAUGUCAACAACUGAAUCAAUGACAACAAAUGAACCUGCAACAACUUUGGUGACUGAAUCCACAACAGUAGCUGAACCUACAACAACGACAGAAACAACAUUAAUGUCAACAUCUGAAUCAGUGACAACAAAUUUACCUGCAACAACUACAGUGACUGAAUCCACAACAGUAGCUGAAACCACAACAAUAACAGAAAUACCACCCUCUUCAGCAACUGAAUCAGUGACAACAAAUGAACUCACAACAACUUCAGUUGUUGAACCCACAACAACAAAAACAACAACAAUGUCAACAACUGAAUCAGUGACAACAAAUGAACCUGCAACGACUUCAGUGGCUGAAUCCACAACAGAAGAUAAACCUACAACAACAACAGCAACAACUGAGUCAGUGACAACUAAUGAACCUGCAACGACUUCAGUGACCGAACCCACAACAGUAGCUGAACCCACAACAACAACAGAAAUACCACCAACUUCAACACCUGAAUUGGUGACAAAAAAUGAACCCACAACAACUUCCGUUGUUGAAUCCACAACAGUAACUGAACCGACAACAACAACAGAAACAACAACAAUGUCAACAACUGAAUCAAUGACAACAAAUGAACCUGCAACAACUUUGGUGACUGAAUCCACAACAGUAGCUGAACCUACAACAACGACAGAAACAACAUUAAUGUCAACAUCUGAAUCAGUGACAACAAAUUUACCUGCAACAACUACAGUGACUGAAUCCACAACAGUAGCUGAAACCACAACAAUAACAGAAAUACCACCCUCUUCAGCAACUGAAUCAGUGACAACAAAUGAACUCACAACAACUUCAGUUGUUGAACCCACAACAACAAAAACAUCAACAAUGUCAACAACUGAAUCAGUGACAACAAAUGAACCUGCAACAACUUCAGUUACUGAACCCACAACAGUAGCUGAAUCUACGACAACAACUGAAACAACAACAGUGUCAACAACUGAGUCAGUGACAACAAAUGAACCUGCAACAACAUCAGAGACUGAAUCCACAACAGUAGCUGAACCGACAACAACAACAGAAACAACAACAAUGUCAACAACUGAAUCAGUGACAACAAAUGAACCUGCAACAACUUUGGUGACUAAAUCCACAACAGUAGCUGAACCCUCAACAACAACAGUAACAACAACUACUACAAAAUACACCACAAGUGGUGAGACAACAAUACCCGAAUAUAUGACAACUUCACCAAAUCCGGACUCCACAAAGGAAAUAUUAACCACUGACAACCUCCAAACCACUUCUGUUUCCAGCACAUCAUCAACGAGCCCGAGUACUUCCACGAUUUCAACAACCACGACCAUGGCACCCAGAUUCCUUAUCUUCAUUUGGUUCCGGAUUAUAAUUGUGUUUAAGCUGCAGUACACACCUGACUUGGAUGACCCAAGCAGUUCCAGAUUCAAACUGGUUGAGGUGAUGGUAUGUAGAUUGCUACGUAGAGGACGACGGAUCGGAUUUCACUGUAGGGUUAGGAGAUGCAGGAGUGGAAGCAUUAUAGCAGAGACUGAACUUGGCUAUGAACACGAUCCUCAGCAGCCUGUGACAUACAAUACCACACAGCUGCAGGAUGAGCUGAGGAUGGAGUUAUUAAAUAACUCCGAUUCAAACGUCACUUCGCUAAGUGUCACUGAUGCAGACGAGUGUGCAAACCCCGAUACAAAUGACUGCUCCCCCAGUGCCAUAUGUGUAAACCAGGAAGGAGGGUAUACAUGCAGGUGUAGAGGAAACUACCGAGAUAACUCCGCCCUGCCUACCAUAAAGCCAGGUCGAUCAUGUGGGCGAGUCUGUGACGACUCUUACUGCCAAAAUGGCGGUGUCUGCAACGAGAUCCAAGAUGGCGAACCAGUUUGCACGUGCAAGAUCAAUUUUGGGGGCACCCAUUGCGAGACGGAUGUACAGCAGUGGAAAACCAUAGUGAUCGCACUUGUUAGUGGUGUUGGUGUUAUGGUCUUAAUCAUCAUCUUGUUAAUCGUUGCCAUCUGUUUUGUUAAAAAGAGGCAGAAACUUGUCAGUACUGAGGCAUACAAGGACGGAACCAGUUCCGCGUCAGGGGGGCACAACAAAAAGACCCUUAACGAUCGAGGCUCUGUGAUUGUCACUGAAUACGUCCAUGGCACGUCGAAUCACGGUAUGCCCCAAACCGCAAGAGAUAUGUACGGAAUGCCAGUUCGAGAAAUGGCUAUGCCUAUCCCAACAAAUUUCCACGACCGACCUUUCUACACCAAUUCAUAUGCAGGAUAUGGUGCACCAGAGCAACCUCCUGAAAGAUCUGUCGGGGAUAUGAGACAGCUUCUCUAUCGACCCACUGCUUCUGGUAACCUUCACGUUACCCAUGCGCUGUCAGUGCUUCCGGACUAUGAAGAUCUGCCUUACACUUACGAAACAACCAACGACUAUUAACGUCACAUAAUUAUAAUCACUACUCAGGAAAAUGACUCUUCAUAAACCACUUUAUAUUUGUCAUGUAAAGUUAUCAUUAUUUUUGAUAAAAAGGGAAAGGAAUUAUUUAAUACCACUAUAAAACUUCCAUACAAAAUAAUCUCUGUAAAUUUGGUGGUUUCAUUUUUUUUUACAUUGACUUUGAUUUAACGGGUUUAUUAUAAAUGCACUUUACAUGCAGCAGU